AUGUUCAGACCACAAUUCUGGGCCUCCGUGCUUCUCAAUGCGCUCCUGGCCAGCGCAGCGAGUAUACCAUCGAGCAGAUACCGGAGCUGCCAGGGAUCGCAGAGAGCUUGCCCCGAAGGCACCCUUGUUGUCUCCGCAUAUGACCCCAAGGCCGACUUUUCAACUGUCCAAGACGCAAUCCUGUCCCUGCCACAUGACAACAGCAGCCAGACAAUCCUGAUCCUAGCGGGCAAAUACACAGAGCAAGUCAACGUUACCCGUCCUGGCCCGGUUACGCUGCUCGGGCAGACAGGUCAUGUCACCGACGCCUCCAAGAAUCUGGUAACGAUCAAUUGGGCACAAGCCAACCACGACAGCACGGGUCAGAGUGUCGAUAAUGUGUUUGGAAGCGUCUUGACUGUCGCACCUACUCUGAACGCGAGCUACACUGGCUCCGGUCCGACUGGGUUUGCCGUGCCCGAGGACACGCCCUUUGGGUCUAUCGACUUUCGCGCGUACAAUAUCGACUUUACAAACACCUGGGCUGACUUUUCGGAUGGUCCUGCGCAUGCACUCAGCUUUAGCCGGGCCAAUGGAGGGUUCUACUACUGCGGGUUCUAUUCCUAUCAAGAUACCGUCUACGUAGGCAAACUCGGCAAUGCCUAUUUCCACAAGAGCAUCAUUGCUGGCCAAACCGACUUCCUCUACGGCUUUGGCACCGCCUGGAUCCAAUCCUCCGAUAUUCUCCUCCGCAACUGCGGCGGCGGCAUUACCGCCUGGAAGGGCACCAACACAACAUUUGAGAACAAGUACGGCGUUUACAUCGUCGACUCUUCCGUCCGAGCAGCCAAUGCCUCGAUUGCCCCGGACAUCGUCGGUUCUUGUCCCCUCGGCAGGCCCUGGAACGAACUGCAUCGCUCAAUCUUUGCAAAAUCCUAUGAGGAUGCCAGCAUUGAUCCCGAGGGAUACAUUGAUUGGAUCAUUGAUGGCGUCGGCCGUCUGUCCAACAAGACCUUCCAAGCAGAGUACCGCACCUUUGGGCCGGGUUUCAACGCAACAGGACGGGCGUCGACCAAUGCUUCGAGGGUCCUGACGGCGAAGGAAUACGCGCCGUAUGAUUCUCCUGCGAAAGUCUUCCUGACCCCGGACGGGCAGCCAGGCAAUAUUGACUGGAUUGACUGGCACGCAUAA